CUGCCGAGACGCCUCUUCCACAACGAAUGCAUUGAGAAACAACUCUUCAUCAAAUUUGAUGCUUUGAAAUAUCUGAAUCAACAUCAAAACAUUUCCUUCAUUCAGCUCGUCUCUGAGACAGAUCGGUACCAUCAGAAUUCCGGGCCACCACCCCUCGAAUCCACCAUGGCGUCCCCAGCAAAGGCCGACAUUCUUCUCCUCAGCCUGGCCAUGCAACCCUUCCUCGACGACAGCUAUUCCGCUCUAAUCAACCAAAUCUCCUCAAAAGCUAACAUCAAACGCGCAAAAUCGGCCUCCGGCGCCCUCAACUUCCUCUCAGCCCAGACUCCCCGCGCCAUCCUCGCCACCGACGAAGGCCUCACCAAGCCCAGCAACGGCCCCGUCCUCGAAAAAGUCCUCUCCUACGUCCGCAACGGCGGCCUGCUCCUCAUCGGCCUCCACUUCCCGAACUUCACAAACAUGGACGUCUUCGACAAGUUCUUCGGGGAUCUCGGCCUGCCCUGGAAGCAUGGCGACUAUCAUCGUACGACGUUCCAGUUCAAUGGUGGAUGCACGCUUCCGGAUGGGAUGAGCAGAAUGAAGUUCCCGGGCUCUUAUAGUAUGAAGGUCCUGCAUGUCAAGGGUGCGAGGGCUCACGAGAAGAUCUUCGUUCCGGUGCCGCAGGCGACGACGCAGUCUAUGGUCUUUCCGCCCGAGUACGUUGAUCAGGCGCAGGCGGCGAUUGUUGGGGCGAAGAUUGGAGAGGGGUAUUUGGUUUAUGAUGGGAAUGUCAAUCCAGAAGAGGGUCAGAACAGGGUUGUUUUGACGCUGUGUGGCUUGUAGGGCAGUUGGGUUGGUUGCAGAGAAUGGGUGGAUGGCCAUGGGGUGGGAAAUUGAUUGACGGGGUUGCUCUUAUAUUGCUAAUCAUUUGGGAUACGGCCCUGCAGCGUAAUUGAGACAGGUGUGGUUCGGAAUUGUUUCUGCGGAAAAUGAUCGCUUCUGUGGCAAUGGGGCCUGAAAUUCCAUUCGUUUGAUCUCUGGGAACUUUCCCAUGCGUGGGCCUCAAACAAUUAUUUUGGUCGUGGUGUCAUGGGUGGUUUUGACAACGUGGGUUAUGAAACCACUCUCGGGUGGACACAUAGGUGCAAAGAAAUUUGCUCAAUUAAUGCAGUAUGUCCAUUGCCUUCCG